AAAGUGCAAUAGGCAAGUUUUUGUGCGUGUACAUGUGGGUUCUCUGUAUGUUGAAGUCCUCAGUUCACCUGCAGGAGGAGCUGUGGCUUGCUGCAGCCUCUUUGGAGCAGAAGAGAGAGAUCCCUCUUUUUCUCCUUCAGUGGCAUGAAUAAUAUCCCCAGUGCUGGAGAGAGAGCAUAUCAAGAGGCAAACGCGUAGGGGAGUGAGAUAGUAGCCAGUGUGACAGAUAAGAGCGUGGCAGAACUUGUCUUCCUGACUGUACCGUGGGCCAGGGAAAGAGAGAACAAGUCCACAAGAGUGUCAGUCUGCUGCCUGCACAACAAAACACACUUGCUCACACAUAGCCAGACCCCACCGCACCAGAAGUUCAGAGAGAAGACUGGCCACAAAAAGGUGGGUUGGCUGAAGUUUUGUUUUGUGGAUUCACCCAAAUACUAUGGCUUUCCUCAAACUGAGCUUUGUUGUCCUGUAGAGGAGUUUUGUGUAUCCCCUCCAGAAGAACUUGUCUCGUGCUUGCAGCUUGAGGGAGGAUGGAGAAGCUGUCAGGGAAAGAUAAGGAGCUGAUACGAGGCAGCUGGGAAAGCCUGGGCAAGAACAAAGUUCCUCAUGGUGUCAUCUUGUUCUCCAGAUUAUUUGAGCUGGACCCCACGCUCCUCAGUCUUUUCGCCUACAGUACAAACUGUGGUUCCACACAAGACUGCCUCUCAAGCCCUGAGUUCCUGGACCAUGUCACCAAGGUGAUGCUUGUGAUCGAUGCAGCAGUCAGCCACCUGGAUGAUCUUCACUCCUUGGAGGAAUUUCUGCUCAACCUGGGGAGGAAGCAUCAGGCAGUGGGAGUCAGCACACAGUCAUUUGCUUUGGUGGGUGAGUCCCUUCUCUACAUGUUGCAGUGCAGUCUGGGCCAGGCCUACACAGCGCCACUGCGUCAAGCCUGGCUCAACAUGUACAGCAUCGUGGUAGCGGCAAUGAGCCAAGGGUGGGCCAAGAAUGGUGAGGACAAGGCCGACUGAGGCGCACAGUGGGAGCUGCUGAGCAGUUGCUGUCAAAUCAUCAGAACGGUUGCCAUGGAAUAAGGUUGUGUAACUGUGCAGCAUUGUGCUUUCAGCGGCUGUACAUUUGCUCUGUGAGUGGGGUAGUUUAGCAUAGCGAAUGUAUGGUUAAGUUACACUUUUAAACCAGAUCUGCUGAUCGCAGUUUGUUUUCUUUGCUGUGGAUAUUUAGCUAUCAGGCAACGUUGCUAUACAGCUGAGAGUCUGAGUCAGCCAGUUUGGUACUUCUGUGUUUGGACGUGUAAUCUGAGCACCUGACUCAGAGAGAAAGCAUUAAAUAUUAAUGUUGAGUCUCUUUGUAUAUAUACUCAAAUGAUAGCAGUGACUGUAGUGGUCUUUGUGAUGUAUCUUAAGAGUUGCACACUUGUGAAACACAAUAUAAUAUAUUUAAGCAUCACACACUACUCAAACUGUGACUGUUGCUGUGGCCAGCAAAGGCAGCUCUACAUCUAACUGGAACACAGUGAUAUUUAAAACUUGUGGGACAAUGCAAUGUGAUUUUACAGGAGAAAGUCAGAUCAUGUUAAUUGUAAUCAAGACUUUGUGUUUAUAUUUAGCUUUUUUUUUUUGCUUUUUAAUUUUUUUAAUUUAUAUUACACGUUACAUUUUUUGGUAAGUGACUGUUAUCUGAAUUUUAAGCUACUGCAAUUAAUAAAUCAAGUUUAUUACAUAUUACUCAAUGGCCUCUGACAUGAACUGUUAUACUUUGAUAGCUUUCUUCAGUGAUCUAUGACUGUUAAGGUGUUCAUGUGCACCUUACUCGAUGUGAUGCUCCCCUCAGUCGAGGUUUCAGUAGGCGUUAAAUGACUGUUAAACUAACAGACUGUUACGUGACUAAAACAUUUGACAGUAAAGGGCAAAGUAGAGGAAUUAUAACAUCUUUGUUCCUUGGCUAGCAGUUUCAUUUAUUGUUAGUGUGAAGUGGUUUUGUUGUGUAGUAGUUGCUUAUCUUACAAAUGCUUAUUAACUACAUUGUUGUGGCUACAAAUGUAAUAUUACCUCGACUUUAAGGAUGAAAAUAACCUGACCAGGAUGCGUUUGUGGAAGUGAGGCUUGACUGACGAAGACUUUCCCUUAAAUUUAUUAAUUCAAAACAAAUAACAGAGAAUCUGUGUGCUGAAACUGUCCAAUAUAUGAGUAUUAUAAUUACUGUUAAUACCAUAAAACUGUAUGUAUUCAUCUACAGAUGUUAUUUAUGUUCAUGGACACAUUGCCAAGUAACUUAACAGAGCGCCAAGUAUUACAUAAUAACACCAUUUAACUGUAAAUCCAAGCUGCUGAUAUGUGGUUAUUGCUUUAGUCUGAGUAUAUAUUUUUAAAGUUUAUUUUUAUACUCCAAAUUGUAUAUUUUGUGAAAGAGCUUUUUUUUGUUUGUGUUUCUUUUUUUGCUCCCAAAUAUCAUGCUGAAUAUAUCUCUCAGAUAUAUUAUCUUAUUGUAUACGGAUUUCAGUUAACAAAUCCUAUACACCAAUACAAAUGAGCUGUUUUGAUUCAGUUUAAUUUAAUCUGAAUAAUAAAACAACAGCUAAAUCUCCAACUCUUAUAGAAAAAUAUAAAAACAAGUUUUUAUAUUGAACUCUUUUAUUCCUACAUUGUCUGUUCAGUCUGUGCAGCCCACAGGUGUAAUGUUUGUUAACUGGCUGUGUAGGUGGUGUAUUUAUAGUGAUAAUUUCUUAGUAUUUGUACGCAGCCCUAUUCAGGUUGUUUUCCUCCACGUGUCUGUUUUCAAUUAACCAACUGUAAGCAUUUAUAGCCAAGAUGACUAACAACUGAUUUGUUAAUUUUGUAACAUCCAGAUGUGUACAUAUUGGGUGUGUCACUGUCUACCUCAUCAUUAUCAGCUGCUAUUGAACAGUGAUGACUUCACCUAGUUAUCCUUCAACCAAAAAAAUGCACAUUAUUGUUCGUGUCAAUCCAAGCACGCACUCUUUGUAAACUGAAUUCCAUCCUACAUUUUAAAAAAGAACAUGUUGUGUGUUUACUUGAUACUAAAUAAAGUGAUCUGUGGGUAUUUUACUGCUAAAUGAGGUCAGUGUGUUUUCCUCUUGGUCUUAAGAGUGUUUGUCACAGCCAACAGAGGUCAGCUUUUAAAAUCAAUCAUACGAUGGCUGAUUUCCUUCCCACUGACAGCACAUCCUUUUAGCAUUACAUAAGAUCCAAGCGUUGAAUGGCUCAUCUCCCUUGGCUGCAAAGAUGAGGGCGACUUUAGGCGCAUCAGCCCACUUACUCAUGCAGCUGCAUGAUGUCACAUUGAAAAUGUUAUUAGAGUUUUGCCAAAUUCUU